AUAAUAUAAAACCACAUUUCUCAAAUCAAACUCAUCACCUUCACCGGAGCUCUCAACUUUCCGAUGGACCCAUGCCCAUUUGUCCGGUUAAUCAUCGAAUCACUCUCACUCAAACUCCCACCCACCACCAAACCCAUCGCUUCCACCACCGGCAUCCACUCCUCCGCCACCCCAUGCUACUGCAAACUCCGCAUCAAAAACUUCCCGCCACAAACCGCCCUCAUCCCACUCUCCUAUUCCGACUCCUCCCCACCGGACUCCACCUCCUCCGCCGUCAACUUCCACCUCGACCCCGCCGCCCUCCGCCGUGUCCAAUCCAAACCGGUCGUCUUAACCGUCUCGGUCUAUACGGGCCGUAUGGGCCAGAGCUGUGUCUAUACGAGCCGUAAUGGCGGGAAAAUGAUGGGGCGGGUUGCGGUUGUGGUUAAUCUUGAUGGGUCGGUUGUUAAACCGGUUGUGUUUCAAAAUGGGUGGAUGAAACUUGGAAAUGAUGUGGAUAAACCGGCGGCGGUUUUGCACUUGAAGGUGAGGAGUGAACCGGAUCCCCGGUUUUUGUUUCAGUUUGGGGGUGAACCGGAGUGUAGCCCGGUGGUUUUUCAGAUUCAGGGGAAUAUUCGACAACCGGUUUUUAGUUGUAAGUUUAGUGCUGACCGGAACUCGAGAUCGCGGUCUCUUCCUUCAGAUUUCACCACGAACAAUAUCAAUAGAGGAUGGAUGACACCAUUUUCGAGUGGAAAAGAAAAACCCGGAAGGGAAAGAAAAGGGUGGAUGCUCGUCGUCCAUGAUCUCUCCGGUUCCUCCAUAGCUGCAGCCUCCAUGAUUACUCCCUUUGUACCUUGUCAAGGGUCUGACCGUGUUUCACGGUCAAAUCCUGGGGCUUGGCUUAUCCUUCGACCCCAUGGCGCCUCAAUUAGUAACUGGAAGCCAUGGGGUCGACUUGAAGCCUGGCGUGAAAGGGGACCAAUAGACGGGUUAGGUUAUAAAUUCGAACUUGUCACUAAUUCUGGUAUGACAAGUGGGAUUCCUAUUUCGCAAGGCACAAUGAGUAUAAAAAAAGGUGGCAAAUUUUGCAUCGACGAAACGUUAAAAGAUUCAAGAGCUAGUAGUCCGUUGUCAAACAUCAAAGGGUUUGUAAUGAGUUCAAGUGUCGAAGGCGAAGGGAAGGCAAGUAAACCUAUGGUGCAAGUGGGCGUGCAGCACGUUACAUGUAUGGCUGAUGCUGCGCUUUUUAUCGCGCUUUCAGCUGCAAUUGAUCUCAGUAUGGACGCUUGUAAGCUCUUUUCUAGCAAACUAAGGAAAGAGUUUUUGCAAGACGAACAAGAUUUUCUUUCAUAAAAAAAUUAUAUAUAUUCUUUUCUUCAAAUUAUUCAAAUGCAAUGAUAACCAAUGAGAUUAGUGAACUAAUUCUGGAUUGAGCAUGCCAAUUCUUUUUUUCAUGCUUGAAAAAUAUUUAUGAGAGGGUUUGACAUCAUUUUUUUUUUUUUCUGAUACUUAUUCAUUGUGACAUGUAUACGGUGCUUUUGAUGUUGAGAUUUGAGGAUGAUAUUGUGUAGAUAGACGAUUUUUUUUUUAAUUUAUUUUUAACAAUAUAUGUACUUUGUUAUUGAGGCAAAUUGUACUUGAACAUGUAAUGUAUGUUUGAUCAUAUUGAAUGUUUUUUUUUU